AUGUUAGAGCAGGUGCCACCACACAUCAUCACCACCUUCAGGAGAGAUAUUUUGAAGUGCAUCAAACGUGACAUCAAAGCCUUGAAGGAAGAACGCAAAUCAGGAGUGAGACCAGAUCUCUCAAGAUCAACUUUUUCAUCUAACCAAUCCUCGGAGUUGCCUGCUAAAUACUCUUCUUCUACUGCUCAGUCCACGUCUGCUUCUGCCCAAUACCCAUCUUUCUCCAGUCAAUACCCGUCGGUUUUUGAAGAUAACAGCUGGUCUUCUGGCCGCUCUUCCAGCCCUGCAUCCAGCCACUUCUCUCGAUCUCACUCUGGGCCCGGACGUUUAGAGAA